AUGGCUGAGAACGCUGCCAGAGCCCUGCUGAUGAAGCUGGACGGCACCUGCGGGGGAGCCUUUGCAGCAGCCAGCUGCAGUGUGCAACCCUGGGAGAGCCUCUCCUCCAACAGCCACACCAGGACCGCUCUGCAUCUGGCCUGUGCCAAUGGCCAUGCAGAAGUGGUAACUCUCCUGUUAGAGAGAAAGUGCCAGCUGAACGUCUAUGACAGUGAACAAAGGACAGCUCUGAUGAAGGCUAUACAAUGCAAGGAAGAGGAAUAUGCAACCAUUCUGCUACAACAUGGUGCUGACCCAGAUAUUAUGGAUGCCAGUGGCAACACUGCUCUCCACUAUGCUGUCUGUGCUCAGGAUAUACCAAUAGCAGCCAAACUGCUUUCAUACAAUGCAAAUAUUGAGGCAAGAAACGAGGAUGGCUUCACACCACUUUUACUUGCUGUAGAUGAAAACAAACAGCAAAUGGUGGAAUUUUUAGUAAAUAAAGAAGCAAAUAUACAUGCAGUUGAUAAGACAAAAAGAACAGCCCUCAUGCUUGCUGUAAAUUUUGACUCAACGAAUAUAGUCAGUCUUCUUCUUCAGAAAGGUAUUGAUGUCUUUUCUCGAGAUUUCCGUGGAUGGACUGCAGACGAAUAUGCUCUUUUUAAUGGUUUUAUUAUCAGUCACAAACUGAUUUCUGAGUAUAAAGAAAAAAAGCUACCUGUGAGUUCCUCUCAAAAUAAUAAUCCAGGAGAGGAAGAGCAUUCUGAAGAAGACUCUUUAAGCAGGCUUUCCAACAAACCUGGCAUUGAUGAUUCAUGUCCUACAUCAGAUGAUAAAGACUUCGAUUUUGAUCCCAAGACUCUCCCCAAACCAAGCUUAACAAAGCUAAUGACUGCUCCUCAGCAAUUCAGGAAAAACAUAGAAGAAUAUCGUAGCAUUGUGAGACCACAAAAUAGAACCUUGUUGGAGGACAGUAGUUCUUAUAGUGCACGUGAAGAAGAUGUGGUUGAAACUCUCCAAAAGUUGCCAGUCAGAGUCCAGGGCCUCCCUCAUGCUGCCUUUCCAUCACCUGACCCUCUUCUAAAACCUCCCCUUGAGUCUUCAGCAGUCCCUGGUGCUACAAAGGAAGGAAUAACAAAACCAGCAAUUAUAGAAAAAGGAGCCUGUGUUGGUAUUACUGAAAGUGCUCCAAGAGAACAAAUGACUAGUGGCAAUAUGACUUCUGUUGUUGGAGCACACAAAGAUGAUAGAAGUGUGGAAGAAGUGAGGUUCUGAACUUCCAGUUAUUGAUCAGCUGCUUUCUUUGUAAAAAUAUAGAGGAUUCAUAUGGCAACAGGAUGAGGACUAUAUAAUCAACAAGUCCUAUUGGGUAUCAUUUCUUUUUGGAACAGUGUAUUCACAAAUAGGAUUUCUGUCUCUGGGAACUUGCACAUCUGUAGAAAACAAAUGAAAAAUUGGUAAGAAACCAUAAAAUAAAAUA